AUGAAAAUAACCAAAAUUGUUCAAAAAACGAUUUUUGAAGUAAAUGAAAAUGGCGUUGAAGCAGUUGCUGCUACUCGUAUAUCUGAUAGACCACAUAACCCGGACUUGAAACAAGUUGAGUUUGUUGUUGAUCGACCAUUCAUGUAUUUGAUUACAAACAAGAAUAAUACUAUUCUAUUUUCCGGAAAGGUUACUGAUCCUGCCCGUACAAAUAAAAAUUUGGAUUUUAAAUUUGGAUGA